CCGCCCGGGCCGCAGUCACAAAGCGGGGCCCUCGGGGCGGGGUCGGCCGCCGGGGUGACGCCCGCGGUCACUUCACAAGGCGGAAAUUGUGACCCGCGCCAUAAGGGGGCGCGCGGCGCGCGGCGCGGGGAGAGGGCGCAUGGGGGAGCGGCGGUGCGGGAGCCGAGCGCCAUGGGUUAGGCCCGCGCAGUCCGGCCGCCGCCCCGCCCGCCCCCGCCGCCGCCGCCGCCGCGACCCGCCCCCGCGCCCGCGCCCGCGCCCGCGCGGCCAUGUCGGGCGACAAGCUGCUGAGCGAGCUGGGCUAUAAGCUGGGCCGCACGAUCGGCGAGGGCAGCUACUCCAAGGUGAAGGUGGCCACGUCCAAGAAGUACAAGGGCACGGUGGCCAUCAAGGUGGUGGACCGGCGGCGCGCGCCGCCCGACUUCGUCAACAAGUUCCUGCCGCGCGAGCUGUCGAUCCUGCGCGGCGUGCGGCACCCGCACAUCGUGCACGUGUUCGAGUUCAUCGAGGUGUGCAACGGCAAGCUGUACAUCGUCAUGGAGGCGGCGGCCACCGACCUGCUGCAGGCCGUGCAGCGCAGCGGCCGCCUCCCGGCCGCGCAGGCCCGCGAGCUCUUCGCGCAGAUCGCCGGCGCCGUGCGCUACCUGCACGACCACCACCUGGUGCACCGCGACCUCAAGUGCGAGAACGUGCUGCUGGGCGCCGACGAGCGGCGCGUCAAGCUCACCGACUUCGGCUUCGGCCGCCAGGCGCACGGCUACCCCGACCUCAGCACCACCUACUGCGGCUCGGCGGCCUACGCGUCGCCCGAGGUGCUGCUCGGCAUCCCCUACGACCCCAAGAAGUACGACGUGUGGAGCCUGGGCGUGGUGCUGUACGUCAUGGUCACCGGCUGCAUGCCCUUCGACGACUCGGACAUCGCCGGCCUGCCGCGCCGCCAGAAGCGCGGGGUGCUGUACCCCGACGGGCUGGAGCUGGCCGAGCGCUGCCGGGCGCUCAUCGCCGAGCUGCUGCAGUUCAGCCCGUCCGCGAGGCCGUCGGCCGGACAGGUGGCCCGCAGCGCCUGGCUGCGCGCCGGGGACUCGGGCUAGGCGCCCGGGCGGCCUCUCUGGGGCGCGCCUCCCCGAAGGUCCCCGACACUGCUCCUCCGACCCCCUCGGCGGGGUCCGCGACCCUGGUGGCGGCCAGGGCCGCACCCGCGGGGCGAGCGGCCGGCGCUGAGGAGCCGCCGGGGCUGGGGGCUGGGGGGCUCGGCCCCCCACCUGCAAUAAACUCGCUCUUCCUCGC